CUUAAUCAUUUUAUCAAUAACUAUGACAGAAGUGUACCGCCGCAUUACGCGGACGUGUUUAUUUGCGGUGCAACUUCAGGCGCGAGCGCAACCACGUUGCCGCUAUUCAGUAGGCCCGCGAGGAUCCGAUCGAUACGCGCGUCGCUAACGCCCGCAGCCACGCAAUCUAUUCACUCGUACACAUCUCGUACUGGUCGAGCAGCAGUAGUCAAUCGCGACAUGGCGCAUAACCCUGAACAUGGUAAACAAAGACGAAAUGACCACAUCCUAAAAAAUUUACCUACAGAAGUACUACUGAAAGCAAGAAGUACACUGUUUUCGCUGAGUGGCGCUCUAAAAUCUAAACAAGAUCACAACACAACGACGUUGAAACAUGAGUCAAAGAACAAAAAGAACCAAAACUUGAAAAAUAGUCUAUCAGAACCAGAAUUUAGAGAAUUACAUUCUAACAGACGAAGGAGCCGCGCCGACGGUGUUGGCACUCCUAAAGAUUAUGCAGGUGCGAGGCCGAGACCGAAAUCAGUAGGACCCAUGAAAUUAUAUGACAAUGAAGCGGAAUUCCAAGGUAUAAGUGAACAUAAAGAAACGUCAUCGCGGUUGAGGCAGUUCGAUUCCACGGAAGACGUUUGUGUUCAGUCCCGACUUGUGAUACCAGUUAUUGAUAGAUUCGGUAGUCAAGAGAUACAAGACACUAGUGAAAGACCUCGAAAAAAACUCUCAUUUCGUGAACCGGAAAUAGUUCCCAGUGGUAUUCUUACAUUAGGUAGAUCAAACAAACAUAUGGGUGUCAAUAGCCUAGCACGAAAACCCACCAGAUUAUCUUUGCGCGCUGAAGUGCAUUCUUCAAGCUUGAAUGGUCUUGAUUCUGAUUUGGAGAGUCAAGCUAUGCGGAUCGUGCGUACCGUGGGGCAGGCGUUCGAGGUGUGCCACAAAAUGCAGAUCAACACCCCCGAGCAGGCGGCUGCCUCCACGUCUUCAGCCGCCGAUGAUCUCGCCUACUCCGACCGCGCCAGCGACCAACUGCCUACUAAAGAAGCGGUUUCCGAUUGCGGUGCUUCAGAGGCUAGCGGGGCCUCUACAUCGAAGGUGGUGGUCGAAGUGGUGCCGGAGGACAAGGAUAACACCAGGCCGACGCACUUAGAGCUGCUCCCCCCUCCUCCCAGGAAGACUGAACGUCGGACAACACCCCAGCGACCGCCGGCGCCGACACCGGUCGCCGUGGUGAACCUGCCAUGGCCAGAGCCUGCGGAGCCGCCGCCGGUGGACGCGAGCACUCCGCCGGCCGCACCGCUCAGCGCGCAGCACCGAGUGCAGCUGCUGGAGGAGCGGCUCGAGAAUCAAACUCAGCAGACGCGCGCUGCCGUCGCGCAGCUUUUCCUUCUGCGCGAUCAACUCGCCGCCGAACAAUCCGCGCGAUGCGAAGCUCAAGCGCGCACACACCAACUGCUGGCUCACAACAAGGAGCUGCUGGAGCACAUCGCGGCGCUCGUCGCACACCUGCAGGAGCGCGAGCGCGGCUCCUCCAAGCCGAUCAACGCACAGCAACUCACUUUGUUGCCGCAGGAUGGUGCUGAGAAGAGCACCGCCCGUGUUUGCAACGGCAACGCAAACAACAGCCAAACCAGCGUCGACUCGCUCAUCGAUCUAAUCAGCCACACCAAAAUUACUCAGAAUGUUGAGAACAACAACGCCACGGUCGUCUCUGCCUUCAGCAGUCCGGGAUCACCACCGAGCUUCGGGAACAUGACCAACGAGCAAAUACAAAACUAUCUCAUAGCUAAAUUCCAAAACGUCAACACCGGCGGCACUGCUGAAUCCCCAAUCAAUAAUAACAAUGGAAUUCUCAAACACAGCCCGUUCUACCAGAAUCGUAACGCUUUUCCCAACGUCCCACCCGUCAUCAAUAGCUUCAAUAAUGGCGAUAUCGCGGAUAUACUUAACAUAGAGCCAUACUCCAUACACAUUGGUGAAAACAACCUGGAGCAAGCAAUGAGCGUGGGGCAGUCAGAAAUGUCACUAUACAGCGCUAGCCAAGCCACGACGUCUAAAGAUUCGACGCCUGAUGCUUGUAGUUCAGAUGACGGCGUUGCGUUUAUCAUGCCCUUGUCGCAUAACGGGACGCUGACUGCAACAGGAGAAGACGGGCGCGUGAGGCUGAUCGUGCCCGUGAGCCCGUCGGGCAGCACCUCAGACGUGCCGGAGAUGCGGGCUGAGACGACUCCCCAGGGAAACACCCUGACAGUACCCGGGGCGUCGGUCGCAUAUGCCGCUCCCAUCACUCGCUCCACCAGCGAAAAAGUACCGAAUCACAGCCAUAUGAUGACGGCUCUCCGGCAACAAUGGACCAGGCACACUACUAAGUAAAUUAACAAAAUCCUACGAACAACAAAUGAUGUAGGUAGUUUUAUAAGAUACGCAAUUGCGUCUAAACUCACUCUAGUCAAAUUAUUGAUGAUGUAAAAACCAAAAAUAUAAUUUUAGUAAGCUGUGAUUAUUGAUAUUAGGUCUUAUAAAUUCUAAUUACUGCAGCAGACAAACAAGAUAGGACACGUUCAAACAUAUUGAUUGAGUUCUAAAUAGUAGUUUGUGUGACUCUGACUGCUACAUAAUGAAAGGCAUUAAAAUACGAGUACGAGUGUGGGUUUAAGAAAUAAACGAAGUGAGUUUCUUAAAAGGACCACACGAGUGUUAUUAUGUACAGUUACAUACACUAUUUUAUCUACACGCAUGUUAUAACCUCUCUAUGAUGUAUUCACUACCCGCGUGUUACACCCGGCAUUGGGGCAUCGUUGCUCUCUGGCGGAACUCGCGGGUAUGAGGUGGCAUCUCCGAAAUAUCUUUAUCGCUCAUUUUUCACGAAAGUUUUGUUAUAGUUAGUUUAAAAACAACAAAAUUAAUUAAAAUUAAUUUUAUACUUACAAACUAAUUAAAAUAUAAACUGUACGUCAAAUGGCGGUAAAUGAAAACUUUUUUCGCGCAUCUCUCGCAUCGGUAGUUUUUUUUUUGUUGGUUGGUUG